CACCUUCCCAUUGACUUCAAUCCUACCAAUUUUCUCAAUCAAUUUAAUCUAUCUACAGAAAAAUCAGUAUAAAUAGAAUUGCGGAGCCGGAUUUAAUCGAAAUUCUUAAUAUUUAUCCCACCACUGCCGAUCAUGGCGUCUCCGUCGUCGUCAACGGCUGCAGCAACCACAAACAUCAUGCUAGCAAUAUACGAGAAGAAGACCAACUCUUUAGACCUUUACCGUCCGUUGCGGAACUACAUAGUGAUCAAUUACGGCGAACGUGAGGCUCAGAACUUGGAGGACGAUCUCCAAACCCUCAAGGAACUUCGAACCGACAUGGAACGUGGCCCUACUCCGGCCGAUUCUCUCCCGGCGCGGCGUGAUCUUCUCCAGAAGUAUUAUCGAGCUCUUUGCGCUGUGGAGUCGAGGUUCCCUAUUUCUCCCGAUAAAGACCAUAUUAGUACGGUCACGUUCACUUGGUUUGAUGCGUUCAAAAAUAAACAGAGAGCUGCCCAGCAAAAUAUUCAUUUAGAAAAAGCUGCAGUGUUGUUUAAUUUGGGGGCAGUCCAUAGUCAAAUGGGGCUGAGUUUUGACCGAUCAGGGGUUGAUGGGCGAAAGCAGGCAUCUCAUGCUUUUAUAGCAGCAGCUGGUGCAUUUGCCUUUUUGAGGGAUAAUGUGGCAAUGAAGGCAUCAAUGGGUAGCUCAACAUCUGUGGAUGUGUCAGUGGAGUGUGUUGGAAUGCUGGAGAGACUGAUGUUGGCUCAGGCUCAGGAGUGUGUUUUCGAGAAUACUAUUGCCAAGGGCAACACUCCUGGGGUUUGUGCAAAGAUUUCCAGACAGGUUGGACUAUAUUAUGAGGAGGGUCUGGCAGCUCUGAAUGUUGCACCUCUCAACCAGCACUUUGAUAAGAACUGGCUAGCUCAUGUUCAGCUUAAAGCAGCCUUGUUUUAUGCAGAGGCUUGCUACAGGUACAGUUUGGAGCUCCAUGAGAAGGAAGAGAUAGCUGAGGAGAUUGCCCGUUUGAAGAGUGGGGUUGCUGCAUUGACUGAGGCAAAGAAAUCAUGUCCAAGGGGGGCAGCUCAGCAGCUUCUGGAUGCAAUGACCAAAUUAGAAUCAACCCUGAACCGCAACUUGGAGAGGGCUGUGAAGGAGAAUGAAAGAGUCUACUUAAUGAGGGUUCCUACUGCCAGUUCUUUGCCGCCACUUCCUGCUUUUUCAUUGGUGAAGCCUAUGCCAAUGAAUGAGGUGUUGGAUGCAAGCAAGGAGAAAAUGUUUGUGAGGCUUGUUCCUGAUAGCAGUGCAAAAUCUCUUUCAAGAUAUACAGAAAUGGUUGAUGACAUUAUCAGGAUGCAAGCUGAGAAAUUACAACAGGCAAGUGAGCUAGCCCGAGUGAGGCUGAAGGAGAUGGACUUACCCGAUUCUAUUCUUGCUUUGGAAGGGAAUUCCACUCUUCCAACAGAUCUUAAAGAAGAUGUAGAGGCUGUGCAAGUUUGUGGGGGCCCAGCUGGUUUAGAGGGUGAGUUACAGCAACUUAAAGAUUUGAGGAGGGUGGACCAAGAAUUGUUGGUGCAGACAGAGGAGCUCCUGCAAAAAGAGGCAACAGAAGAUGCACAGUUCAGAAGCCAAUUUGGAACACGGUGGACUAGACCACAAUCUAGUACUUUAACAAAGAACUUGCUAGAUCGGCUUAAUAGGUUUGCUGCGAACUUGAAGCAGGCAGCAGAAAGUGAUGGACGGAUAGAGCGAUCUGUGAGAGAUCAUUCGGCACUAAUGUCAAUCCUUGAUCAUCGCCCAAUUGAAUCUGCAUUACCCUCGCUGUCAAGGCCCAUAAUGUCAUUAGAUGCAAAUGAAGAUGCUGUAGUGGGAGCCCUGAAACAGAGCUUGAGGCAAUUGGAGACUCUUGGUGCUCAGAGGGCAGGUCUUGAAGACAUGCUAAAAGAGAUGAAGAGGAAGGAUGACAUACUACCAAAGUUGAUGACGUCGACUGGUUCGCAUGAGGAUCUCUAUAGGAAGGAAAUUGCAAAGUAUGAUCAUAUUUGUCAAGAAAUUGCGCAAAAUGUUGAGGGACAAGAACAGCUGUUGAUGCAUAUUCAGGUUCAAAAUGAUAACUUUGCAGCAGUUUUUAAUCUUGAAGAUUUCAAAGCUUCUCGAGAGAAGAGCUACAAGCAAAUAGAAGCUGCAAUAGCUAAGUAUCGAGAAAUUAAGGAGAACAUAAAUGAAGGACUGAAGUUCUAUGUUACUCUUCAGGAUGCUAUCACAAAUAUAAAGCAACAGUGUAGUGAUUUUGUGAUGACACGGAACAUUCAGUGCCGGGAGAUGAUUGAAGAUGUUCAGAGACACAUUGCAGGUCUCAGUUUUCAGGAUAACAAGAGUACGGGUGGUUACAGUUAUCCUGCAGCUGGACAGCCCCAUCAGACUCCAAGGCCAAACUCCCAACAGCACACAGAACCUGUGCAUGUGUCCAACCCUUCACAUCCACCAACUCCUCCAUACCAGCCCCAGCAGCAGCCAACAAUGGCAGGAUAUGCUCAAUCUCCUUCCCCUUAUGUCUCUCCGCCACAACAAGUACCACCUCCUUAUCACGUACCAGCUUCAGGUUCUCCAUACCCACCCCCACAGCAUCAACAGCAGCCUCCUGUUACCCAUGAGUAUGGCCAGCCUGCCUAUCCUGGAUGGCGUGGUCCAUACUAUAAUGCAGCUCCUCAACCAGGAUCCAUGCCUAGGCCCCCUUACACCGUCCAACCCCCAUAUCCUCCUAACCAGAGUGGCUACUACAGACAAUAGUCAUAUUUGCAAUUCUAUUGCCCAUAGUAUGUGUAUUUUGUAGUUCCUUUUUUAUUUUCUCCCGCCUGGAGCAGGGACGACGAACCAAUGUAGGUAGAUAAUUUUUUUUUGUUUUUAUCAACUUAUAAAUUGGUCUAUUGAGUCUGUGAUGAACAAAAAGCUUGCCUGAUAACUAUACUUGCCUUAUAAAUUGGUCCAUCUUUUUUCUUGGUUGGCAAAAGUGAUCGUAUUCACGAUCC